UUUGAAAUUAAUUCUAAUCAAUUGAUAUUUGUUUAAAUAUUGUUAUUCUUAACACCGCCUUUAUUGAAGUUGUUUACGCCCCUUAAGUAAAUGGCCAAUCAGAAAUAACUAAGGUGUUACUAUUUGCCAAUCAAAAUUUGUGAUACGCCAAUUGUGAGGAGGAUUGUACAGAAAAAGUAUCAAUUUGAUUUCUGUCGGAAAAUUAAACAGGACUGAAUAUUUUCUUUGACUCUGUAGUGGUCUUCAUAUCAUCCCUUCAUUUUCGACAAGAUAGAAUUUAUAUUAGAGAGCUACUGUGGUGCGAGUGACGGGAACCUACCAACAAUCAGGACCGACUUUAUCAAGUCCCAGCAGGGCCUAUGUGUUGACUGUUUCUGCUGUAACGUUAGUCUCAUCGCUUGUGCCGUAUCAGGAUCGUUUGCCACUGUGCACCAACUGGGUUAUCGUGAAAAAAAUAACAUCAUUAACUCUUGAUGAUAUACUAAAAUAGUACACCAAUAUGAUUAAUCCGUACAUGGACAAUCCACAUACGACUUUGCCCCCGGGAGCAUUGAAGUUGAGUCCCCCACAUCACAUGAAUGAUGGAUUACACAAUCAAUCGAGUCCACCACAGUACCCUUCUCAGGCAAAUGGUUAUGGAGCCACACAUUCACACUUGGGAAGUUAUGCUGCAAGAGACUUUUUGUUUAGAAGACCUGAUAUUGGUCUACCAAGUCAUGAAACCAGCGGAACCGGACACCAUGGAGGAAUGUUUUCAACAUCUGCUGGCUUCCAUUCACAUCAUCAUCCGGAGACAAAUUCUAGUCAUCUACUGUUCCCAGGUAUUCACGAUGCUUCACAUCAAGCACCAUCUCAUCAUUUGAACAAUCAAGUCCGUUUUGGACUUCCAACACCACCGGAUGUGUAUCCCAGGACGGAUCAGUUUGGACAAUUUCCACCACGAGCGGACCAUUACGCACAACAUUAUAAUAUGGGUCCUAUUAACUCUUUAAAUCAUAUGAACAUGGGACCACAUGGACCAGGAGCUUUUUUUCGUUACAUGAGACCACAGAUCAAACAGGAGCACACGUGUUUAUGGACAGACGUUGAACAACCAGAGCCAAAAAAGCCUUGCAAUAAAGUUUUUAAUACAAUGCACGAAAUAGUGACUCAUAUUACUGUGGAUCAUGUUGGAGGUCCAGAACAAACAAAUCAUACUUGUUUUUGGCAGGAAUGUGCUCGGGAACAGAGACCUUUUAAGGCAAAAUAUAAACUGGUCAAUCAUAUAAGAGUACACACCGGAGAAAAGCCAUUUCCUUGUCCGUUUCCGGGAUGUGGAAAAGUCUUUGCUAGGUCUGAAAAUCUCAAGAUCCACAAAAGAACACAUACAGGAGAAAAGCCGUUCCGUUGUGAAUUCGAGGGAUGUGACAGGCGGUUUGCAAAUAGUUCUGACAGAAAGAAACAUUCACAUGUUCAUACCAGUGAUAAACCCUAUGUAUGUAAGAUUAGAGGUUGCGACAAGACGUAUACUCACCCCAGUUCUCUCAGGAAACAUAUGAAAAUACACGGGAACAUUUCACCGAGUACCGAAUUGAAAGAAUCAGACGAAGAAACAAGUCCGUCUGAAGGUGACAUUACUGCAAGCUCGCCACCCUCCACGAAGGAAAUGAAGAUUGAACAAGUGACAGGAAGUCAGGAGACUACGACUUCACCAUUAUCAAAUGCGUCGUCUGCCGACAUUCAUCGAAAUGACAAUGUAAGUUUAGGACAGUCCCAUCAAACGAAUAUUAAUGAUUGGUACGUUUACCAAGGAUCAAAUCACGGACUUGCAAAUUUGAGAAACGAAAACGAACAUUCUGCCUUCAGUUCUAUGGGACAUUUAUCGAACUUACAUCCGCCGCCUAUCGCACAAUAUUCUUGAUCAACAAUGACCAAUGCACAGAGGUGCAUGGAUAAAAGACUAACGAACUUACAUGUAUUGUUUUGAUAAGUAAUAAUUAAAUUAUUUUAUUUCUAU